AUGAUUUUCCUUUUUGUUUACCUCUCACCAAAAGGUACAUUAUCACUGCGAGAAAUUCGAAAUGAAUUUGAUGAUUCAAACAUUCUAAAUGAACAAUUUAAUAAUGUUAUACAACUAGUUUUACGUGUAAUGGAAUCGAUUGUUGAAAUCACAACAAAAGGAACAAGAAAAUUUCCAUCAUUAAAUUCAAUUAUUUCAUAUAUUCUUUCUUCUCAUACAGAAUUACCAAUACAUGAUCAAAUACUUGUCGAUUGGUAUAAUGCUGCAUAUGUACUUGAUUUACUUUUUAAUUAUUCUGAUUGA